ACAAGUGACCCAAAACAAAGAGAGAGAGAGAGAGAGAGGGGCCAGCCAGAGUCAGACUGAGACAUAAAAAAGUUUCCGUUGUGCUGCAAAGAGAAACUGGGGUCUAUAUCUGAGUAUGUUGUAGAUGAAAUCAGAGAGCGUUACGCCACAUGGGGUGAGAGAUAGUGCCUGGGCACAAGAGCGUAAAAUGUUGAGUAAGAAGGGGAGGAGAGAACAGGGGAGGAGAGGGGUUGAGAUUGUUUAGGAAGGGUGAGUGGUUAUUUGUCUGUCUUGUUCUGCCCUCCCUUGCUCUCUCUCUUUCAGGGUUUUCUCUUUAUACUUUCUCUUUACAAACUGAACGGGAAAGAGACAAAAAAAUAUCGGCUACUUCUGGAGAACUGACCAAGGAAAUUGAGGAUUUAUGAAUUGAGGACUUUAUGAAUGCAGGCUUGAAAAAACAACAUUUUUGAAAGAUUGUUUGUAAACAUUUUUGAGAGAUUGUUUGUAAACAUUUUUGAGAGAUUGUUUGUAAACAGUUUUGAGAGAUUGUUUGUAAACAGUUUUGAGAGAUUAUUUGUUUGCACUUUUCUGGACAAGACGUUUCCCCUCCACUCUUUCUAAACCACAGCAGCUGUCUCCAUUCCUGUUGGACUAUGGUAUAUUCUGGCGCUCUGCCCCUAUCUGGAUUUCCUGAUUUCAUUGGAUUAUUCUUUGGAUUACUGAGGAACACUGGUGAAGAUAUAUUGGAUAAAGUGUGCUCUUUUCAACUCAAGCUGUCAACCAUAAAGAUACAAUGACAUCAUUUACUAAGCUGUCCAUGCCAGACAUGACAGACAUCUAGACCACUCCCUCAUUCAACUGUCACAGAUAGGGCUGCCAGACACAAACCGCCAGGCUGCACUGAACAGAUCCCACUCGGACUAACACACCACAACCAGGAAUCUCUCCUCAGGACAAUGGCCACAGGAGGGAACGGGCUGGGAUCUGACCGGAGCCUGACAUCCACCUCCCAGCCGCCCAGUGCCUCUGACCGGCGGCAGGUGGACAAGGCCCUGAAGAGGCUGGAGAAGCUGCAUCGGCUGUGUACCAACCCCAGGCUGGGCCUGAGGAACAGCCCCCCGUACCUCCCCGAGGUGGUCUCAGAGACAGCCACGCUGCUCACCCAGGUGUGGGAGCCGUACAGGGGGCCUGCAGCAAGGGGGCAGGCCCCCCGGGGGGACGAGGGGGAGUAUCUGAGGAUCCAUGCAAGACACCUGCUGGAUAAGACUAACCGGGCCGUGCUGCUGUUUAAAGAGGGGCGCGAUAAGAUGUUCGAGGAGAUGUCCAGCUACAGGAGAAACUUGACCAAGCUGUCCCUGCUCUUCAGUCACAUGCUCUGGGAGCUGAGGGCCAUGUUUCCAGAGGGAAGCUUUCAAGGUGACACCUACAGGCUGACUAAGACAGAGGCCGGAGAGUUCUGGAGGCGAGCAUUUGGAAACAAGUGUAUUGUGCAGUGGAGCAGUUUUAAGCAGCAUCUCCGUAGGGUCCAUGGCUUUGAAGAGGGGAUGGAGUCCAUGGCUCUAAAGUCAACUGUAGAUCUCACCUGUAAUGACCACAUCUCAGUGUUCGAGUUUGACAUCUUCACCAGGCUAUUCCAGCCCUGGAGGUCUCUUCUGAGGAACUGGAACCAGUUGGCAGUGACCCACCCCGGCUACAUGGCCUUCCUCACCUAUGACCAGGUCAAAGCCCGCCUCCAAAACUACCUGCACCGGCCCGGGAGCUACAUCUUCCGUCUGAGCUGCACUCGAAUGGGCCAGUGGGCCAUUGGUCAUGUGACUGGUGAUGGAGGCAUCGUACAGACGAUCCCCCAGAAUACACCUCUCUACCAGGCCCUCAUCCAGGGCUUCAGGGAGGGCUGCUAUCUUUACCCUGACGGACGUGAUGUGAACCCAGACCUCACCAGUCUGUGUGAACCAGCACAGAGAAGCAGGGUCAAAGUCACAGAGGACGAGUAUGAGAUGUACUGUGAGAUGGGUAGUACCUUCCAGCUGUGUAAGAUCUGUACAGAGAGAGACAAGGACACACGCAUCCAGCCCUGCGGACACCUGCUGUGCCAACCCUGCCUCACAGGAUGGCAGAAGUCGGAUGGACACACCUGCCCAUACUGUCGCUGUGACAUCAGAGGGACAGAGUCCAUCCUGGUGGAGCCUUACCUGUCUGUCAGCGAGGAAGAGGAAGAUGAAGAUGACCUGGAGGAUGUAGAGCUAGUCAUGAAAAAACUGGCCUAUAUGAAGAGGAUGUCGUCUGAAGAGUACCAGUUCCCCAGCUCUCGCCUGGCUCCACCCCUCCCUCCCAAACACAGCACCUUCUCCCACUGCCCUUCCCCACAAGCCCCCUUACGGCCCUCCGAUAUACUGGCCAAAUACUCCCACUCUAACUCGCGUUCUGCUCACAAUGACACCCCCUCAGACAGAGCGCACACACACCACACUGCCAGCACGAAAAGAUGCCAGUGGGAGGAGCUAGCUAGUAGUGAGGAGGAGAAUUCUGGGGGGUUCAGACAUCCGCCCACUCUCCCAAUCUCUCACAGUGAGGAUUCUGUCUCAGAGCCAAACCUCCCCUCCUGUUCCGUCUCCUCCCAGUCCUGUGGAGAGGGUGGAGCAGCCUGGUUAGGGGCCUCAGAUUCAGUGAAACAGAAGAAGAGAUACAAAUAAAGGAGUGAAAGGAUGUCAGAGCUCGGGUACAGCCAGAGAGAGCGGGAGAGAACCAUGUCCUCCUGACGCUGGGAGAAAAGAUAAGCACAACAUCUCUGACUGACUCAAGAAUGGAUGGAUAAUUGGAAUAAGAAAGGUCGAUUUCCACUGUUCCUGGUAAACAGCCAUUGUUAAUCUUAUGUACAUGUAUCUUAUGUAUGCCUUAAUAUGGAUGGAGAAUGCCCUGUUGAUCUACUAAUAAUGACAUCAAAGUGAAUGGAGAAGGACAGACUGAUGGAGCAACUCACUGAUGCCCUCUGCUGCACAGCACACAGAGUAAGCGGCAGCACAGCAAACAGGGUAAGCGGCAGCACAGCAAACAGAGUAAGCUGCUGCACAGCACACAGAGUAAGCGGCAGCACAGCAAACAGGGUAAGCGGCAGCACAGCAAACAGAGUAAGCUGCUGCACAGCAAACAGGGUAAGCUGCUGCACAGCAAACAGAGUAAGCUGCUGCACAGCAAACAGGGUAAGCUGCUGCACAGCAAACAGAGUAAGCUGCUGCACAGCAAACAGGGUAAGCUGCUGCACAGCAAACAGAGUAAGCUGCUGCACAGCAAACAGAGUAAGCUGCUGCACAGCACACAGAGUAAGCUGCUGCACAGCAAACAGAGUAAGCUGCUGCACAGCAAACAGAGUAAGCUGCUGCACAGCACACAGAGUAAGCUGCUGCACAGCAAACAGAGUAAGCUGCUGCACAGCAAACAGAGUAAGCUGCUGCACAGCACACAGAGUAAGCUGCUGCACAGCAAACAGAGUAAGCUGCAGCACAGCAAACAGAGUAAGCUGCUGCACAGCAAACAGAGUAAGCUGCUGCACAGCACACAGAGUAAGCUGCUGCACAGUUCCAAUAACAGGUCAAAUCCUUCCAUUGCUUGAUGUGUGUAUGUAGGGCAUUGAAAAUAUGCUACCUCAUAAUUUACCCCAUACUUAAAACAUAUUGCAAACCUAGGCUUUAAUUCAUGACUGCAAAUUACAGUGUGGGGCAGAGUCCUUCAGAACUUUGUCCAGGAUGUAUGGCUAGUACGGUAUAUAGCCUACAUACUGAAGUUGUAUGUUAAUAUGAUCAAACAUGAAACCCAAAUAAAUAUUUUGCACGUCC